AUGAACAAUAAUAAUGUCACGGAGGCAACAUCAAGGGCGCAGAUACGGCCUUAUUAUGAUCCUGAUUCUUUCAAUGCGGGGUACAGCGCUGUUUUCAAGCCUGAUGAAGGUGUAGUAGAUCCGCACGGAUACACAAUAGCUUCUAAAUUAAACGUUAUCAACUCAUCUCCCGCUACAAAGAGAAUGGCUAAUGCAUUGUUUAAAAGUUCCCCAAUGAAGAAAUUGUCAAAUUCAAUAAACGAUGGUUUGUCACUUGAGGGAAGUAAUGGUGAAAUAACUAGUCUGAAUAACUUUGAAUGGGCAGAACUGAUUAACCUCCAGAAAUGGCGAAAAAUAUUUGAGCAACUGCUGGAUAUGUUUUUCAGGAAAUAUUUUCAAUUGCUCAUCCAACAACCUUUUGAUGUAGCAAGGCUACUUACCCAAGUGGGUGAGUUUCAAAUAUCCAAAACCACAGUUGACACGAGUAAACCACAACCACCAAUAAUCUUGCAGGAUAAGGAACGAGAUGCUACUGCGAGGGAGGGAGAAGAAGAAUAUGGUUACGACGAGGAGGAAAUAGAUUUCUUUCCUAUAGAAAGAAAAAUGGCUGAGGCAAACUCCACUGCUCCUAUUACGACCAAAGAGACUGACCGUUCACAUUCUGAACUUACCGAUAUUUCCUUAACUAUUGCGCCUCAGUCUUUACAUACAAUCGACGUAAUUAACGCCCUAUUUGAUCAAGAAGGUAUUCGUGGUUUAUGGAAGGCCAACAACACGACUUUUAUUUACAAUUUCCUUUCCCUGAGCAUUGAUACCUGGUUCACAGGAUUAUUUUCGUCUUUUUUAGGUGUUCCUGACCCAUACUUUAUGGAGGUUAUAAACUCCUCGGAUAUUUCUAAGUCUUUCAUCCUAGCCUUAGGUGCAGGAGUAUUCACCAGUAUUAUAUUGCUACCUGUGGACUUGAUAAGAACUAGAUUAAUAGUUACAUCAUUUAAGAGAAAGAAGAAUGCCAAGGCAAAUGGAAAGAAUAGAAUUACAAAUACUAGAAGCUUGAGACAGUUAAUCAGAUGCUGGUCAUGGCGUAAAAACGGUGUUUCCAUUCCAUUAGAUAUGUGGUCUCUAACCAUUCUUCAAUCUAUCAAUAAUAGCUUUUUCAAUAAACUAUUUGACUUAGUCAUUUACAACCAAUUCCAUAUCGAAAAAUACUCUCAAACUGUCAUUUAUAAUACGAUGAAGUUUUUGUCCAAAUCGCUUGAACUAUUUAUUAAGUUGCCAUUGGAGAACCUGCUACGUCGCUGUCAGUUAAACUACCUGUUGAACGAUCAGCGGCUAUCAUUUAAAGUAGAUUCUACUGAAUUGAUAGUAAAGCCAAAAAAAUACAAUGGCAUCUGGGAUGUGAUAAGAAACAAUUCUAAAACGAAUAGAGGCCAACUUUGGAACGGUUGGAAAGUUGGCGUUAUUAGUUUAAUUUGCGGAUAUGGGUUACAAAUGAUGAAUAAAGUUGAGAUCGACAUGGAACAAGAGAAGUUCUGA